AUGGUGGGUCCUCACUUCAUCACUCACGCCACGCCCGCGCAUUCAUUAAUACUAGACAUUAGCCGAGCUCACCCCGCGCCAUUUUCCUCUCCUGUAUAUCUGCGUUGGACGGAGCUCACCGAUCACUCCUCGGCCAUGCACUCGAACGACCACGAUUUUGCCGUCUAUUCUCGAUCUACCAAAUUAAUAGAGGUUUUCGGCAUGUGCAUGGCCGCCUUCCUCUUCAUGAUCGUCUGCCACUUCGCCUCCUUCCUCACCAUCGCCACGACCGUCGGUGAACACUUCCGCGCUCGACGCUCUCCGGCCGGUGCUGACGGCGAUCGGCAACGGCGUCCGGAAUUUCCAGCGGGCGGAAACAGGACGCCGGUCGCGGGAGUGAGUCCUGUCGGCGAGGCAGAAGACGCGGGGCAGGGCGGCGACAAACCGGGGAAGGCGAGGACGUUCACUUCGGCGAGACCUGUGGACCGGGACGCCAGGACUGAUUUUCAGGGCGUCACGAAUUUCUCCUUCGAUCAGACGUGUGGACUGAGAAUUAAGGACUAGGACUCCGAAGCGAGCUGCCGUGACUUAUGGAAAACUUACCAAAUAAAACUUAAUGACUGAUGGACGGACGGCAAGGAUUUCGACUUGGCAAUGACUUACUGAAUAAAACUUAAUGACUGACUUAUGGACGCCAAGAAUUUCAACUUCGACGUGACUUACUAAAUAGAACUUAAUGACUGAUUUACGGUCUGCGGGUAUAAAGCUUCAUGGCUUCAUAUACAUUGGUAUGUAGUCAGUGUUUGUAUAUAUUCUAUGCACAAAAAAAAAAUCAGAGUUUAUA